AGAGCGCAAGCACUUGAUUUUUUUGUGUUUCAUUAUUCAGUUCAUUAUAGCGUUUGCUUUACCCUAUCUGGGGGCAUAUGCAUCUCUUGAGAAGCAAGUGUUAAUAGCAAAGCUGAGGAUCUUGCCGUUCUUUCUCCUCCCUGUGUCUCGACACUAGAGUGCAACUUUAUAGAUGUAAAGGGCCACUGCGAGGACCUCGGGAUCUGACAAGCAAAAGGUGACACAGUCAAUUUGUAGGCAUAAAUAUGAAGUAAGGUUACGUGACGUCACUUCGCAGAUAAGGGAUAUGUAUAAAUAGGAGACAUGGCAUGCGUUGCAAGAGGGAACAAAAGUCGUAUUCCUGUGCAGCUUAGGAAAGAAAGAAGUGCAGAAGAGCAGGAAAAAGAGAUAUUCAGGGCAUGGAUAAAAGGACUUCCAGAAGAACAUUCCUUCCAAUCACGAUCCUUGUUGGGUAUUGCAUCGUGUUGUCUUCUACAGCCAUCAUUCCAACUCUGCAAAACAGACUUCGGAAAAGAGACUUGUCUGACCAAACUCUCAGUAAUAAACAGCUGAACCCAUUCCUGCCCAGACCAGGAUCAUGGGAUAAUCAGCUACCCUCUAUAACCCUCCAUGAUUGGAGUCUCAAAAUGUUGACUUCUGAUGUGCUACCAAAUGGACCUCCAGAAGACAGAGGGCAAAGGCUCCUCGUACAACCUGCCACCAGGCAGAUUCUGUUUGGCUCUAACGAUGUCUCCAAAAAGGGUUUGCCAGACAUCCACAGGCUUAACAGUGGCAUAGUUGAUCAAAGAUGGCUGCCAGGCUGGCCCACCAAUGAGGAACUGGACAAAAGGAGUAUUGUCGUGGCUGAUGACGCUGCCUUUCGAGAGAAAAGUAAAAUGCUCACGGCUAUGGAACGACAGAAGUGGCUUAACUCAUACAUGCAGAAACUUCUGGUGGUGAAUUCCAAUUAACUGGAAGCUUUGCAUUGUGUGAUUUAAACGUAUUAUUUUUCAAUAAAAAUGAUAGCUACUCAUCUAAUCCAAGUGCAAUGAUAAUGCUUUUGUAAAGUGAGGCAUGACAACCUUGCAUGUAAAAUUCUGAAUGAACGAAUUUAAACAUG